UUGUACAAAGUACUUCCGGUGGGGUCACGGACUAGCUUUUUACGAGUGAAAUUAUUUCUGGGUGUAUUAACGUCUGUUUCGCUAUCAUGUGGGGUUGUUAGUGUUCCACUUGGAUAAGUUUUAUGAAUUAUUGCCUUUAACGGCCGCUUGACCCGACCGCUGCCGCUGAACCACUUUACGACGCGGUUAGACGACGGAGAGGUAAAAAAGAGGAAGCAGUAGCCAACCAUCUUUAUUCUCCUGCCAGCAAUAACAAGAAAGAGACGAGGCUUCGGAUCAGAGAAGCGUUGAGUAGUUUCUAAUUAAAUUGUCUGUUUUAAACUGGAUAAACGAACCGGGUGAAUCGAAACUGCCCUUGCGAAGACAGACGAAGGCCAUCGGACACUUAGCUCUACCCUCGACAAAGCCUGGAAGUUUCGGAUCAGAAGACUGGCUGUAAAGAAUUAGUAUUCCCGAUUUUUCAUGUUUCCAACAGGUUUAUCUUCCCCUAAUCCCCCACCACCGCCAACCCAGGAGGCUAGACCCGCGGCUACUGAUGUCAAAAGCGACAGUGGGAACAUCACAUCUCCGAAAAAGAGGAAAAUAAACGGCUCCGAGAGGGACGACACGAGUGACACCAUCUCCUCCUCGCCUCCCAAGACCCUCAAUUCCUCCUCCUCCUCUUCCUCCUGCUCUCCCACUCCUCCGCUGCACAUUCAGAAGAAGUUGAGGUUCGAGGAUUCGGUGGAUUUCAUUGGACUAGAUGUGAAAAUGGCUGAGGAGGCUGCCGCCGCCGCUGCUGCUGCUUCGUGCUCCAAUAACAAAAGCAAAGCCAUGUUCCUGGCCGGUGGCGUGGGGGGACACCACGCGAACGGACUGACGAAAACCGCAGGGUCCGGCACCUUCUCCAGCAGCAAACCCGGUGCUGCCAAGAAACUAGUCAUCAAGAACUUCAGAGAAAAACCCAAGUUACCAGAAAACUACACGCAGGAGACCUGGCAGAAGCUGAAAGAAGCUGUGGAGGCCAUUCAGAACAGCACUUCCAUCAAGUACAAUCUAGAAGAGCUCUACCAGGCUGUUGAAAACCUCUGCUCCCACAAGAUAUCCGCCAAACUGUACAAACAGCUGAGGACCGUGUGUGAAGACCACAUCAAGGCACAGAUUGAUCAGUUCAGAGAGGAUGCCUUGGACAGCGUCCUCUUCCUGAAGAAAAUCGACAAGUGCUGGCAAGAUCACUGCAGACAAAUGAUCAUGAUUAGGAGUAUAUUUCUGUUUUUGGAUCGCACCUAUGUUUUACAAAAUUCUAUGCUGCCAUCGAUCUGGGACAUGGGCCUGGAGCUGUUCAGGUUCUACAUCAUCAGCGACCAGAAGGUCCAGAGUAAAACCAUCGACGGGAUUCUGCUGCUUAUCGAGAGGGAACGAAACGGAGAAGCCAUCGACCGCAGUCUGCUGAGGAGCCUACUGAGCAUGCUCUCUGACCUCCAGAUUUAUCAAGACUCGUUUGAGCAGCGCUUUUUGGAGGAAACCAAUCGACUUUACGCCGCAGAGGGACAGAGGCUGAUGCAGGAGCGAGAGGUGCCAGAAUAUCUCCAUCAUGUCAACAAACGCCUGGAGGAAGAAGCUGACAGAGUAAUCACAUAUCUGGACCAGAGCACGCAAAAACCGCUCAUUGCUACUGUGGAGAAGCAGCUGCUGGGUGAACAUCUCACUGCGAUUCUGCAGAAAGGGCUGACCCACCUGCUGGACGAGAACAGGAUCCAGGAUCUGUCUCUGCUGUAUCAGCUCUUCAGUCGGGUUCGAGGCGGCGUCCAGGUGCUGCUGCAGCAGUGGAUAGAAUACAUCAAGGCGUUUGGAAGCACAAUCGUAAUCAACCCUGAAAAAGACAAAACGAUGGUUCAGGAGCUGCUGGACUUCAAGGACAAGGUGGAUCACAUCAUCGACGUUUGUUUCUUGAAGAACGAGAAGUUCGUCAACGCCAUGAAGGAGGCUUUCGAAACCUUCAUCAACAAGCGGCCAAACAAGCCUGCAGAGCUCAUCGCCAAACACGUCGAUUCGAAGUUGAGGGCCGGAAACAAAGAGGCGACCGAUGAAGAACUGGAGAAGAUGCUGGACAAGAUCAUGAUUAUCUUUAGAUUUAUAUAUGGAAAAGAUGUAUUUGAGGCUUUUUACAAAAAGGACCUGGCCAAGAGGUUGCUGGUUGGAAAAAGUGCCUCAGUGGAUGCUGAAAAAUCAAUGUUGUCGAAGCUGAAACACGAAUGUGGCGCGGCGUUCACCAGCAAACUGGAGGGAAUGUUCAAAGACAUGGAGCUUUCUAAAGACAUUAUGGUGCAGUUCAAACAGUACAUGCAGUGCCAAAACAUUCCCGGCAACAUUGAGCUGACCGUCAACAUCCUCACCAUGGGUUACUGGCCGACCUACGUCCCCAUGGAGGUCCACCUGCCUCCUGAGAUGGUGCGCCUGCAGGAGAUCUUCAAGACGUUUUACCUGGGCAAACACAGCGGCAGGAAGCUGCAGUGGCAGUCGACGUUGGGUCACUGCGUCUUAAAAGCAGAAUUUAAAGAGGGCAAGAAGGAGCUGCAGGUGUCUCUUUUCCAAACACUGGUGCUGCUGAUGUUUAACGAAGGAGAGGAGUUCACUCUCGAAGAAAUCAAAGUAGCUACAGGAAUAGAGGACAGCGAGCUGCGUCGGACGUUGCAGUCGCUAGCGUGCGGAAAAGCACGAGUCCUCACCAAAAUCCCGAAAAGCAAAGACGUGGAGGACGGAGACAAGUUUUCCUGCAACGAUGACUUCAAACACAAACUCUUCAGGAUCAAAAUAAACCAGAUUCAGAUGAAAGAGACGGUGGAGGAACAAGCCAGCACCACAGAGCGAGUGUUUCAGGAUCGUCAGUACCAGAUCGAUGCGGCCAUCGUGCGGAUAAUGAAGAUGAGGAAGACUUUGAGCCAUAAUCUUUUGAUGUCUGAGGUUUACAACCAGCUCAAAUUUCCUGUCAAGCCUGCUGACCUAAAGAAGAGGAUAGAGUCUCUUAUUGACCGGGACUAUAUGGAGCGCGACAAGGAAAACUCCAACCAGUACAACUACGUGGCCUAGUUAAAGGAAGAGAGAAGCAGCCGUUCCAGUUUAGAGUAACAGGUGUCCUGAGUGAUCGGUCUUUCAAUCUUUUGCUCCCGUGGAUGUUAAACCAUUAUCAUCUUCAACCCAACGACCGACAAGUGAAUGGCUACCGCUCCGCAGGGUUUCCGUCAGGGGUCAUGUGACCCUGUGGACUGCAUGCCCGUUUCAAAAACAAAAGAAGAAGAGAAUCUCCUCCAUAUUUUCUCAGUGCCUCUGAGAGAGUUGGGACAAAGAAGACACACAGUUCUGUUUGCUCUUUUUUAAUGGAGAGAAAAAAUAUUUAUUUUCUGACCUAGAUCCUUUGUCCAUAGAUUAAAACAAUAUGGUCUUUGUUAUGAAAUCUUUUUUUUUUUUUCCUUUUUCUUCGUCCAUCCUCCCAAGCUAAUGCUGACACGCCUAUCAGUGCUCUAAGUGUAUCACAUGUUGGAAAGAAAAGAAAAACAAUCCAAAAUAUUAAACUGAUGCUUGUUUCUUCACUUGUGGUGAAAUGUUGGACUGUUGGGCUUGGCAUUCAAAGAUGUUUUGGAAGUAUGUUGCAUAUUGUGGGGUCUGAAGUUACGUUUGGCAGUUUUAGCAGCCAGGUGAUGAAAGCAGUGAGCAAAUGAGCACCCAUUGUUUAAAAGCGGAGUUUGUGCCAAAAAGGAGCAUUUAUUUCUGUUUAAAAGGAGUGUUUACGCUGCUAAACCAGUUGUUCAAGUAUAUGCAUACAAUAUUCUUGGUUGCCUUUUUAUUUCCUUCAAACAUUUUUAUACAUGCACCACAUGUGAUAUUUUAAGUGACCCGUUCGUCAGUUUACUGCUCGAUAGUUUUUGGGGGUUUUUUGUUGUUUUUUUUGUUAACCUUUAGGUUUAUUAAAAGCACAAAAAAAAAAAAAACAUCCGUUGUCAUGCUACACAGAAAACAUUCAUUUCUCUUAUUUACACGUUUCCAUGUGGGGCUUUGGAGACGUUUACACUGCAAAAACACAAAAUCUUGCCAAGUAGGUUUGGUCUAGAUUCUGGUGAAAAUAUUUUAGUACACUUAAAAUAAGACAAAAUUAACUUGCAAGAAAUAUGAGCUUAUUUUAAGUCAAACCUUCCUUACUAUGGAUUUUUAAAAAGCACUGGUUCCAUUGUAUGAUUGCUUCACUUAUUACAUUUUUCUCAUAUUUUUAGUGAAACAAUCAGCCAGUGGCUCUAGAACCGGGUUGCUAGGCGACAGGUUGGGCUUGGUUGGCGUUGCUAGGUAACAGAGCCAGUUAAACUAGAACUUAAUUGGUAUUAAAUAAUUAAUGUCUUAAAAUAAACUCCCAUAUCUCGCUAAGACGUCACUUGUAAGUUAGUCUUCUCUUAUUUCAAGUGUAUUAAGAUGUUUGCACUAGAAACUGGACCGAAAAUCCCUGGUAAGAUUUUGUGUUUUUGCAGUGUAUGGAAAGGUUUAGGGACUACCAUGAAACACAAAGAAAACUGAUUUGAUUAGACAUAUUCUCAUUUGUAUGAGUAUUUUUCAGAUUUACUGCUUCACACAAUAAAUUAUUGUUUCUGUCGGA